AUGGGAGGCAAGAAGAGGAAAAUUCCGAUGGAGAAAAUUCAGAAGAAAGAGUCACGAGCCGUUGCUUUCUCUCAACGCCGUAAUGGUCUUUACAAUAAAGCCUCUCAGCUUUGUCGUCUCUCCGGUGCAGAAAUGGCGAUCUUGACGACCCCUUGCUCUUCCAGCUCUCACGCCUCUUUCUACUCCUUCGGUCACUCCUCCGCUGAUGGUGUUGUUGCCGCUUUCCUCGACGAUCAGCGUCCUGUUACUGUUACUGAUGAGGAGAAUCUAGGGUUAGGGUUAUGGUGGGAAGACGAUGAUCUUGCUGAAUCGGAGAAUCCAGAGGAGUUGAAGUGUGCGAUCGAGUCCAUGUCUAAGAUGUUGAGAAAUCUGAAGGAAGUGCGUUUGCAGAGAGAUGAUCAAGAUGAUGUGAAGAACAACGACAUCAAGAAGAAGGAUCUUGUUUCACACGAAACUCGAAAUCUUGAUCAAACCCUAAAUCUUAAGUUCACUUCUGCAACAAGCGGUAAUGUACCUAGAAAUUUCAACAAGAUCGCUCAGGAACAGGAUCAGAUCAUGGCUGCAAGAAACUUGGAUGAUGGAUACACCAAUCAAGAACUGGAUCUUGAUCAACUCAUAGACUUUGAGAGUAUUUUGUUCGAUGGGGAUUACGAGAUCAAGCAAGAGUAUCAAGAGACUGCUGAAACUAGUCUUGUUAUGAAUUCAGGGAUGGAAGAUGUCUCCAUGGCGAUGACGAUUGACGAAUACAAAUAUGUCUCAAGGUGUUGA